AUGUCCUGGCUCUUCUCAUCAUUACCCUCCAUCCCGGGGUGGUCCAGCUCCGUUCCCACCAUCGCAGCGUCAGAGAAGCAGCCGGUCAGCUCCGGGGACAUGCCCGGCGGGUUCUCCCCAGCUGGAGAAGAGGACGACGAGGAGUACGACGACACUCCGCCACAGUUUCCGCUCCCGGAGUCGGCGCAGCGCUCCACUGCACCUGCUUCACUUGCUCUAGCCGUCCCCUCUCUCGCUGUGCCCGCACCGUCUUUUGCCCUCGCGCCGCCCUCCCCCACCACCUCGACACGCAGCGCAAGUCCCCCGUCCGACCUCAACAUUGCGAUUGUGGACGCGCCGCUUGGUGACAUGCGGCUACCGCACAGCACGACUGCGCGCCCAACGUUCGGGAUUAAGGCGGGCGGCGGCUUGGUUGCAGACAAGUCGGCUGCUGGGAAAGGCACAAUGCCACCACCCCUCCCCCCGGCCAUUAGCCUUAACUCGCGCGACUCGGUCCCCUCCGCCUCCAACUCUUUGAAACCAACACCCUCGCGCGCGAUCGCAACACCCGCGAAGCUCGCGGACGGUUCUUCCCUCACAGCUGCGCCAAUGAAGAAGAAGGGCCGCGGCAAGGUUGCGCUUGCGCCCGGGCACUCGGCGCUUGACUGGGCAAGAUUAACAAAGUCCGGUACGAACCUUCGCGGGUUCCACGGGCCGCCUAAACGCGUCACGAUGGAGGAGCUGAAGAAGCACAAGACCGAGGACGACGCGUGGUCGGCGUUCAACGGCGUCGUAUACAACAUAACACCAUACCUCAAUUUCCACCCUGGUGGCGUUGACGAGCUGAUGCGCGUGGCAGGGCGUGACGGGACCAAGCUGUUCAUGCUAACCCACUCGUGGGUCAACAUUGAACACCUGAUGCAGGAGUGCAUGGUCGGCAUGCUCGUGCGCGCGUAG